AUGUCAAAAAAGGCUUUCAAGGUCGCAAUAUCGGGCGUUAGUCGUGUGCUGGCGUUGCAUCGCAAUUUGCAACGCUGGUCGGCGGUGAGGCUAAUCUGCACAUUUUCUCGUAUGGAGCUGAUAUGGGCGCAAGUUACACACCGCCAAAAGAGGCAAGAGAGUUGGAUUUCGAUUGUAAACCGCGCUAUCCUCGUCGGCGGACUAUACUUUAAUGCUGUCGCGGAUUUCGAUUGUUGCAAAUACAUAGAUGGCCACGCACGUAAUACGACUUUGGAGUUGGCGGUACCGCAGCCUUCGGGCGCAGUUCAUAAUGGUGUUCGUUCUCAAGGUACCGUCCCGACACAGCCGUGGACCACGCCUCUGAGCGGGACUUCGUUUGUACCACGACAUCAUCUUAUCUUUGAGACCAUCGAUGGCAUUGAUUUCACCACUACCACAACUAUACGCCGCAGCCGCCAAACGCCGUGCUUCAGCACACCGCAGACUCGGACGCAUCCGGUUCUGGCGCGGCGGUCUCGAUGGUGUUAG